GGAGUGAAAAAAAAACAACACCAACCACGUCUUGGUUUUUAAAAAACAUAUCUUUCAAAACGAUUUUUAUUUAUUUUCAGUCUGGCAGAUAAUUAUGCGUUAGGGUCGACAAUGAGAAAUUUAUUUUGAAAUUACUACCCGGAAGUCGUAUAUUUACAUUUGGUUGGCCUUAUUGGGCCCGUUUGGUAGUAGGGGUACAUAUUUGUUUGCAGGAGUUGUCUUAUAAACAGUGACCUGGCUUCUAAAACCCACGGACGAUGACCUCCGGCGGCGGAAUUCAGAUACCGAACCGUCUCCCGCUGCUGCUGACCCAUGAAGGAGUGCUCCUUCCGGGCUCCACCGUCAGGUUUAGCGUUGACUCUCCGCGAAACAUGCAGAUGGUCAGCCAACGGCUGUUAAGGGGGACUUCGCUGAAAAGCACAAUCAUAGGAGUGAUUCCGAACACCAGAGACCCUGAGCGCGAUACCGACGACAUCCCCACCCUGCACAAUAUUGGUACAGCGGGGAUAGCAGUACAGGUGGUGGGCAGUAACUGGCCUAAGCCCCACUACACCCUCCUCAUCACCGGACUGUGCCGCUUUAGUGUAUCAAAUCUGCUGAAGGAGCGACCCUUUGUCCUGGCUGAGGUGGAGCAGUUGGAUAAAUUGGAGCAGUACAUGAUUCCAGCGACAGAGGGUGUCAGCGCAGAUGACGGAGAGCUGGGGGAGCUAUCCCAGAAGUUCUACCAGGCUGCUGUACAGUUGUUAGGUAUGUUGGACAUGUCUGUUCCAGUGGUGGCUAAGUUUAGGCGUCUGCUGGACAGUCUGCCCAGGGAAACUCUGCCUGAUGUGGUUGCCUCCAUGAUCCGCACCUCAAACAAGGAGAAACUACAGGUCCUAGAUGCGGUGAGCUUGGAGGAGCGUUUUAAGAAGGCCCUGCCUAUGCUGACCAGACAGAUAGAGGGACUAAAACUACUGCAGAAAACCAGGAAGAUGAGUCCUGAUAAUGAGAAGAGGGUGUUAUCAGUGCGUAAAGGUGGAGUGUUCCCAGGGCGGCAGUUCAAUCUGGAUGGGGAGGAUGAAGAUGGUGAUGGAGAUGACACCGCAGUCCUGGAGAGAAAAGUUCAUGGGGCAAACAUGCCUGAAACUGCAUUCAGAGUUUGCCUGAAAGAGCUCAAGAGAUUGAAGAAGAUGCCUCAGUCCAUGCCUGAGUAUGCCCUGACCAGAAACUAUUUGGAUCUGAUGGUAGAGUUGCCAUGGAAUAAAAGCACGAAAGACUGCCUGGACAUCCAAGCUGCUCGCACUUUGUUGGACAACGAUCACUAUGCCAUGGACAAGCUAAAGAGACGUGUGCUGGAGUACCUGGCUGUUAGACAGCUGAAGACUUCACUCAAGGGCCCCAUUCUAUGCUUUGUGGGUCCCCCGGGAGUUGGUAAGACCAGUGUAGGACGCUCUAUUGCCAGGACUCUGGGCAGAGAGUUUCAUCGCAUUGCUUUAGGAGGCGUCUGUGACCAGUCUGACAUCAGAGGACACAGGCGUACAUAUGUAGGGAGCAUGCCUGGCCGCAUAAUCAACGGUUUGAAGACAGUGGGUGUCAAUAAUCCUGUCUUCCUCCUGGAUGAGGUGGACAAACUGGGAAAGAGCCUGCAAGGAGACCCAGCAGCCGCUCUGCUAGAGGUCCUGGACCCAGAGCAGAACCACAGCUUCACAGACCAUUACCUCAACGUAGCCUUUGACCUCUCCCAGGUGCUCUUUAUUGCCACUGCAAACACCACAGCAACCAUUCCCCCGGCCCUGCUGGACAGGAUGGAGGUGCUGCAGGUACCAGGCUACACCCAAGAGGAAAAGGUGGAGAUAGCUCACCGUCACCUGAUUCCAAACCAGCUGGAGCAGCAUGGAUUAACACCUCAACAGCUGCAUAUACCACAGGACACCACACAGGAUAUAAUCAGCAGAUACACCCGGGAGGCCGGCGUGCGCUCCCUAGAGAGGAAGUUCGGGGCGAUCUGCCGAGCCGUGGCUGUGAAGGUCGCUGAAGGUCACAGAGUCACCAGGACAGAGACUUUGAUCCCCAGUGGCCCAAUAGAGCAAGGAGACAAGGUGACGCCCCCAGAGAUGCCCAUAGUGAUCGACCCCGUUGCCCUGAAAGACAUCCUGGGGCCUCCGCUGUUUGAAAUGGAGGUGUCUGAGCGGUUUACCCUGCCCGGUGUAGCUCUGGGUCUGGCCUGGACCCCACUCGGUGGGGAGAUCAUGUUUGUGGAGGCCAGUCGAAUGGAGGGAGAAGGUCAGCUCACUCUGACCGGUCAGCUGGGGGAUGUUAUGAAAGAAUCCGCCCAUCUAGCCAUCAGCUGGCUCAGAGCAAACGCUAAAACCUACCAGCUCACCAACAUGGUGGGGGGACCAGAUCCCUUAGAAGGGACAGACAUCCACCUCCACUUCCCUGCUGGAGCUGUUACCAAGGAUGGCCCCUCUGCUGGUGUUACCAUAGUAACGUGCCUCGCUUCACUGUUUAGCGGGCGGUUGGUUAGAUCAGACAUUGCCAUGACAGGAGAGAUCACAUUAAGAGGGCUGGUUCUACCGGUGGGCGGGAUCAAGGACAAAGUCCUGGCGGCCUACAGGGCAGGAGUGAAGCGCGUCAUCCUCCCGAAACGCAACGAAAAGGACCUGGAGGAGCUACCAGCCAACGUCCGAGCUGACCUCGACUUUGUCACCGCCGGAAACCUGGACGAGGUGCUGAACGCUGCCUUUGACGGAGGGUUUCCAGGGACAGCCAGCACCCACACACACCCUCAGCUGACCAGUAAACUGUAACACACUGAUGAAAAUACACACACAGUAACAGUGUGAAGUUAGAAAGUGUCCCUAAUUAGUCCUAACAGAGAAGAGAAUAGGUUGUCUUUCAGCUUGGACAACUUAGAGUCUAAUGAGUUUUUCCCUGACAUGCAGUGGAAAGACUAGACAGUAUGCAUAGUUGUAAUUCUGACAAGUCGUGUUAUUCAAUUUUUAACCCUGUUUAAAGGUUCUUUGCAGUUGAGAUUCUCAUAAUCAGAUUAUUUUCAUAUUGAAGAGAUACUUAAAUGAAGCCAUGACUUUUAUGUACAUUUAAAUGGACAGUGCACAAUGAAUCCCUUUUAUAUGACGUUACAGCAGCUUCUUUGGUAAUGCAUAUUAGCACAGCACAGCCACUGACUCAUCAACUCAUGUUGGCCAGAUUCAGCUCACGUCACUGCUGAACGUUGACCUGUUGCCUCCUUGGGUUGAGCUUGCCGGCUGCUGGUUUCUUUUACAUUCACAUUAUAUUAGUAGAAGUGACACAUCAUUGUAAAGAGGAUGUGAGCUUGUUAUUGCCAUAACACACUGGUGAGAAACUACAGCACUGAAUGAUUUAGCCUGAUUGACUUCUUGAUUGCUUCAGAAAUGUUUGUGCUAAAAGGUAAUGUAGACACAAGUAAUGUUCAAAAAAUGGUCUGGUAUGUGAUGAUAGACUAGGUCAAGGCAUUCUCCGAUAAGAGGAGCCUGUUUGGGUGACUGUGUUCAGUCACACUUUGUAAUCCAGUGUGGUUGAAUGUCAGGUAAUUAGUGGAUGUUAAUGUUGAAUGUCAGGAAUUAAUUUAUAUGUAAAGUUUGUGACAACUAACCACAAAAGACUACAGUUAGUUUGAUAAUGAAUAUCUUAAAUGUUUAUAUGGGCAUGUUGUCUCAACACAUCCCACACUGACUGCAUGAAGUUUAGAUAAAAUUUUGUAUUGCAGUUGCUGUUAUUAACAUGAAACAUGGGCGGUGUAGCAAACUUAAUGACUUUUGAAUGCAAUGCAAUGAUUUCAUAUUAAACCAAGCUUCACUUGGUUUAAUAUGAUAACUUUAUUAGAUAACUUUAAAAAUUAGAGUUGAAUUAAAGAUGCUUGAAAUCUUGAAAGAAUGUUCUUUUAUUUUUUCAGAUGUUCUUGAUCUUCAGUGAGUGAGUGUAAUAAAUACACACAGGGAUAAAAUUGUAUCAGUAUGUGUGUUUGUGUACAUGCAGCUCAGCUAAAUCCACCCUGAAGGAGAAAAAAAUGGAUUUCCAACUCUGUGCCACAGAUGUGAAUUUUUCUCUCCCCGGUAAUGUGAAACGCCAGCGUACAGUGUAUUUUUUCCAUAUUUAUACAGCCAUGAAAAGAUUAAUGGACAGAAAUUUUCAAACUGACACAUUCAUACAAGCCUAACACAUCCAAAGAAUUAUGCAAGAAGAAACAGAUUUCACAUACAGCACCUGUACUGCUUGCAGUAUUGAAAUAUACUUUGUUGCAACAAAUCAGGGGUUGGGUGAUUUGUGUGAAUUCUCUGUGGGUUCAUCAUUACGAGCAACCCCUUUUGCAUCACACAGACGUUUGAGCCAUUUUAACCAAAAAACAUAUUGAUUAUAGCUGCAUUAAGUUUCAGGCAUGGCAGCCAAGCGUGUGUGUGUGUG